UCAGCUACGCGUGGGAGUUCUCCAGGGGCUCGCGGGUCGCUCGCGUGGACGCUGCUCGUGCGGACGUGUCCGUCGUUACGGGCGGUGUGCACAGCCGCGGCAGCACGCUGACCCUGCGGAACGUGACAGAGCGUCACGGAGGUCUGUACCGCUGCAUUGCUAGCGGCAUGACGCAGAACUCAGUACACAUGCGCACCAGUCUAUCCGACUUUGCGGAACUGCAAGUGACACCGUACAUCGUGUCCAGUCCACAGGACGUGCUCACGUUCCUCGCCCAGCCGGCAGCCAUGUCGUGCCGGGCCGCUGGUUACCCUCCAGUGUGGUACGAAUGGCAGAGAGAUGGCCGCAUGCUGCCCACCGCUGCGGACCAGCAGACGGAAUACUUCGUGACGGACGGCGUUAACAGUAGCACUCUAGCCUUACGCUUUGCUAGCAGUGCCUAUGCCGAUGUCUACAGAUGUGUGGCCAAGAGCUCAGUGGGAUUUGCGUACAGUCAACCCGCACAGCUCAGCCUUGUUGACAGUGAUCCGAAAAACACAGUGAUUCACCGUGUACAGCAGGGAGCAAACAUUACUCUUACAUGCAGUGGUGUAUCACCCUAUAUAUGGUACGCGAAUGGAUCACGUGUGUCUAGUACGCCGACCAGAGAGCUUACUCUGACCAAUGUAUCGACCGCUGAGCAUGGCUUGUACUCCUGCAACGCCGACCAGUACUUCCUCGCGGUGCAGAGCUUGCCGAGGAUAGUCUCGCCGCAGCGGAGUGCCGUCAAGACUGUGGUCCACGCACCGCUGGUACUCCGCUGCGACGCCGACCUGACAGUGGAGCCCACGCCCGCCGUCACCUGGGCCCAUAGUAGCGAAACGGGUGGCAACGCGAGCGUGCCUGUUCAGGCGUCGUCCCGAAUUCAACUGCUCGACCGGUCUCGUGUGAUAUUCAUCAUGGAGGCAAGAGCCGACGACGGCGGAGACUACCGCUGCAGCGCUGCUAAUUCUCUAGGGACCGUAGAAACUGUCUUCACCGUUCAAAUAAUUUCUGACAGUGAUCCGAAAAACACAGUGAUUCACCGUGUACAGCAGGGAGCGAACAUUACUCUUACAUGCAGUGGUGUAUCACCCUAUAUAUGGUACGCGAAUGGAUCACGUGUGUCUAGUACGCCGACCAGAGAGCUUACUCUGACCAAUGUAUCGACCGCUGAGCAUGGCGUGUACUCCUGCAACGCUGACCAGUACUUCCUCGCGGUGCAGAGCUUGCCGAGGAUAGUCUCGCCGCUGUCGCCGGAGCGGAGUGCCGUCGAGACUGUGGUCCACGCACCGCUGGUACUCCGCUGCGACGCCGACCUGACAGUGGAGCCCACGCCCGCCGUCACCUGGGCCCAUAGUAGCGAAACGGGUGGCAACGCGAGCGUGCCUGUUCAGGCGUCGUCCCGAAUUCAACUGCUCGACCGGUCUCGUGUGAUAUUCAUCAUGGAGGCAAGAGCCGACGACGGCGGAGACUACCGCUGCAGCGCUGCUAAUUCUCUAGGGACAGUAGAAACUGUCUUCACCGUUCAAAUAAUUUCUGACCUAGCCCAAUGUUUGGCAGCGACUAGCACCAUAUCGCAUGCAACCUGUCACGCACUGUUCGCCAUCAAUGAUGGAGUCACCAGCAGCCCCACCAUCACCUCUGAUCAGGCCACCACUACCACUGCUAUUGCUGCCGCCCCGACCAAUGCCACUGCCGCCCCGACCAAUGCCACUGCCGCCCCGACCAAUGCCACUGCCGCCCCGACCAAUGCCACUGCCGCCCCGACCAAUGCCACUGCCGCCCCGACCAAUGCCACUGCCGCCCCGACCAAUGCCACUGCCGCCCCGACCAAUGCCACUGCCGCCCCGACCAAUGCCACUGCCGCCCCGACCAAUGCCACUGCCGCCCCGACCAAUGCCACUGCCGCCCCGACCAAUGCCACUGCCGCCCCGACCAAUGCCACUGCCGCCCCGACCAAUGCCACUGCCGCCCCGACCAAUGCCACUGCCGCCCCGGCCACUGCCGACCAAGCAACGUUUGCCACUGUCACCGCUUGCCCCGCGGGUGCUGCUGGUAUCACUACAGCUGUGUUCAUACCUGUAGUGGUGGCAGCGUUCCUGUCCGGAGCGCUUCUCACCAUGCUCGCACUCUACUGCAGACGGAUAGUGAAGCACCGUGCGUCAGCGUCAUCAUCGUCAUUCUCGCCAAGACAACUGGCCAAGCCGCUCUUGUCGGGCCAGCUAAGCUCCAAGCAAUUCUUCACAGUGUCCGGGGCUCCGAGUUCGAUGUCGGUUAUCAGCGAGCAAUCAGCAGUCGCCCACACGAAUGACACUGAGACGGCGGGUGCAGGUCAGCGGCACCUCGUGAAGGCCCAGUGCGAUUCGGGGACCACCAUGGCGACACCGAUCGAGUCACCCCUCCCAGAGGUGGCCGCCGGUUAUAACGAGUCGGAGCGCGAGUUUGGCGAAAGCGACACCGACCUGGACAUAACGUGGUACACCAGGCCAGACCGCAGCUCCUCAGCCUAUGCCAACACCGCCGCUACUCGCGAAUCUCUCGACGUCGUGCACGACGACGACGAAAGCGCCCCCAGCAAAGGCGGUGACGCUGGCGCUAACUGGGAUUCGAUCACGUCCGAGACGCAGAGCAGCGCUUUCACCAUGCCACCGCCUACCUGGCCUGAGGUCUUGGAAGAAUAGAUACCGAGUCCUGGUGGCCUGAGUUGCAGCGUCCUUUGCAUUCCGUCUGUUGACAUACACAAGUAGUUCCGCACCAUUCCAGUGUUCUCUUGGCUGCACUGGCCUAGCGGUGCCCUGCACGCUGGUUCUGAUGGGUACUAGCUCCUAGCUUUUUGGACCGUUCUUUG